GUGGUUUGGCGUCAUAUGAUAUUAAACUGUGAUAGCCAAUCGCCAUUUAGGAUUAGAGAGAAAGGAAGGCUGUAGCUGAGCUAGAAAUGUCUGGUAACACUAUGGACAAAGCCAUUGAAUUGGCAAAGAAGGCCACGGACGCUGACGAGAACAGAGACUACGAAGAAGCGCUCCAGAACUAUGAACAUGCCAUUCAAUACUUCCUUCACGCCUUGAAAUAUGAGGUUCAUGGCGACAAGGCAAAAGAGAGUGUCAGGUCAAAGAUCAAAAGCUACCUUGAGAGGGCAGAGAGCCUCAAAGCUCAUUUAAAGAAAGAGAAAAACAAAAAGAACAAGAAGAUGGUCGAGGGAGGCUCAUCAAAGAAGAGCGGUGGAAAGAAAAAGCAAAGCGGGGAUAAGAAAGAUGGUGGAGGAGCUAGUAAGGACAGUGGUUCAGAUGACUCUGAUGAUGAAGACACCAAGAAAAUGAAAGGACAAUUACAGGGUGCUAUUGUGUCUGAUAAACCUAACGUCAAAUGGUCUGAUGUUGCUGGUCUUGAACUAGCAAAACAAGCUCUUCAAGAGAGUGUCAUUCUUCCAGUCAAGUUUCCGGAAUUAUUCGACGAUAAAUACAGAAAACCUUGGAAGGGAAUACUUUUAUAUGGGCCUCCUGGUACUGGAAAGUCUUAUCUUGCUAAGGCCGUUGCCACGGAAGCAGACUCCACCUUUUUUUCGAUAAGUUCUGCUGAUCUAAUGAGUAAAUAUGUUGGUGAGAGUGAGCGACUGGUCAAACAGCUUUUUGAGAUGGCACGUGAUAAUAAACCUGCCAUCAUCUUCAUCGACGAAGUAGAUUCAAUGUGUGGCUCUCGUGACAGUGGCACUGCUAGCGAGGCGUCGAAUCGUGUCAAGACAGAGUUUUUAGUCCAAAUGCAAGGAGUCGGUUCAAACAAUGAUGGGAUUUUGAUCCUAGGUGCUACUAACGUCCCUUGGAAGUUAGACUCUGCCAUUCGUAGGAGAUUUGAGAAGAGGAUAUACAUACCACUCCCCGAUGAAAACAGCCGCAAACGACUCAUAGAGCUUCAUUUAGGAGACACGCCCAAUGACCUCACUGACGCAGAUAGAGCGAAACUUGCUAAAAUGACACCAAUGUAUUCUGGAGCUGAUAUUGGUAUCGCUGUAAAGGAAGCACUGAUGGAGCCGAUCCGAUCCUUCCAAAGAGCAACUCAUUUCAAAUAUGUGAUGAACACCGUUGAUGGUGUACCUUACUAUGAUUUUUUAACCCCUUGCAGCCCUGCUGAUAAGGAUGGCCGACCCAUGACAUGGAGAGAAGUUCCCUCUGGGAAGCUGAUCCCACCCAAAGUCUCUACACGGGAUUUUGAAGCUGCUUUUGGUCGCUCUAGGCCAAGUGUCAAUAAUGCUGAUUUAGAACAGUGCGAGCAGUUCACAAAGGAUUUUGGGCAAGAGGGUUGACACAUAAGAGAAGGGAUAUUUUUAUCUCCAGUUGCCCAAAGGAUGCUAUUUGUGUUACUAGUAACUGUAAUCUCUCACUCUCUUUAUUAUUACCCCUCUCUCUAUCUUGUCUCUUCUUUAUAAUCAUGAUAAUAUAAUAUUAGCAUUAGAUAUGUCCUUUUAUGUUAAUGUGUGUAUCGCAAAGUUCUUUUCAUACUAUAA